CCUGGGUGGCCGUGAGGCGGCCGCCAUCUUGCGUACGGAGGUGCGGCUUGUUGCCCGUAGCCUCCCGGCUGGGGCUCAGUCCUUCCAGCUCUCUGCUCCUGUGCGGCUGCUGCGCGUUUUCUUUCCCCUUCUCAGAGGUUCGCGUCUGUCUAGAGGAGGGCUCGUUGGGAAGCCCAAGUCCAUGCAGAGCUGUAGAGUAAGAUGUCUCAUGGUGAAACGGAAACUAAAUGUUUGGGACCUGGAGAACUGGCAAGUGGACCGUGCCAUAAAAGAUUGAGAGCAACUGCAGAGCCUUUUGUUUUCCCCCAUCAUGGUAGUACUGGUUUUCACAGAAUCCAAGAGAAAACUGGAAAUGAUUGGGUCCCUUUGACCGUUGAUGGCGGAAGACAUAGUUAUCCUCAAGUGGACAAAACCAAAACUACAGAUUUGCCAAAACCUUUGCAUAAUGAGAUGCCUGGAAAUAAAUCAGAUGCUGUUAAAUCCACUAAUUCACAAGUUUUACAGGAUGCAAGUCCUCCAUUGAUAUCUAGAGAUGAUGGAAUAUAUAGUACAAGUAAAGCAUUUAUAGGCCCUAUUUACAAACCUCCUGAGAUAAGGAAAUGCAAUGGAAAGACAGAUACUUUGAGUGGUAUAAAUGGCAAAAGAAGGCGAGAAGAAAAACAGAAAUUGAACUCCAAAAAAUUAGAGAUUGACAGUGAAUUGUCUCAGUUUUACAAAGAAAUUGAAGAGCUUGAAAAUGAGAAAGAUGAUUCAGAAAGCAAUUGUAAGGAACCUGAACCUUCUCAGGAACAACUUACUCCAUAUUACCAGGAUCAUAAUAAGGAUUUUUUAAAAUCUGAUGAAGAAAAGAAAGAUUUUAGUAGUGCUCUUCAGUCGCAUUGUGAUUAUCAACAGUGCUUGGGGGAUGAGCCAAGCAACUAUUUCAGUAAUGGACAAGAAAUAGCUACAUUUUGUGAUGCUUCUUUUACUUCAUUUAGGCCUGAAUGGCAGUCGGUGCAUCCUUUUGUAGUACCUCAUGGUCCUCCCCUUCCCAAUUUUGACUAUCAUUUAAAUAUUCAACAAUUCAAUGCUCCACCAAAUCCACCGCCAUAUAUUUUCCAUGCCCAAGAUGAAUCUCAGACGCAAAAUGGAUAUUACGAUAAUAGUUGUCAUGUUAAGUGGAAUUCUUUGACUUUUGAUGAGAACAGUGAUUCUGGCUAUGGAGAGAACAUUAGUGUUCAUCCCUCUAGAAAUGUCUGUAGUACACAAGAUGGAUAUGUGAAUGGUUUCUGUGAAAUCAGAGAUGGAUGCUGGAAAGAUCCUUCUGUGGACAAGCAUAAUGGGAUAGACAGGUUUGUGAAUCAGCAGUUUCAAGAGGAAAAUUUAAAUAAAUUGCAAAAGUUGCUUAUUCUUCUAAGAGGUCUGCCUGGUUCUGGGAAAACAACAUUGUCUCGAAUUCUGCUUGGUCAGAGUCGUGAUGGCAUUGUGUUCAGCACUGAUGACUAUUUUCACCAUCAAGAUGGGUACAGGUAUAAUGUUAAUCAACUUGGUGAUGCCCAUGACUGGAACCAGAGCAGAGCAAAACAAGCUAUCGAUCAGGGGAGAUCUCCAGUUAUAAUAGACAACACUAAUACACAGGCUUGGGAAAUGAAACCAUAUGUGGAAAUGGCCAUAGGAAAAGGAUACAGAGUAGAGUUUCAUGAACCUGAAACUUGGUGGAAAUUUGAUCCUGAAGAAUUAGAAAAGAGGAAUAAACAUGGUGUGUCUCGGAAGAAGAUUGCUCAGAUGUUGGAUCGUUAUGAAUAUGAAAUGUCCAUCUCUAUUGUAAUGAAUUCAGUGGAACCGACACAGAAAAGCACACAAAGACCUCCUCCUCCACAGGGGAGACAGAGCUUGACUGCAGCAUAGACUCAACACAGUCUCACCUCUGGUCCUAGUACUAGCCACAAUCGCGUUGACAAGCAUUUUACUUGCCUUGGUGAAUACCUGAAGACUUCGUGUGGGAACAUUUGUCCAGUUAACAUUUUCAUAUUUUUAUUUUUCAUUGGACUGCUUUUUGUAAAUUAAUGGGAAGAAUUAGAGAUUUUGAGAGGAGCUGUUGGACUACUUAGCUUUUAACUUUAUUAGUAACUAAGGAAACAACAUCUGUUCAUUUCUGGUUAAAAGUGUGUUCAAGUUUAGUAGAGUUGAUUGAAAUACACUCAUUUGGUUUAUGUUUUUAUUUGGCAGUUUUAUCUGCUUUCAGAUUGGGUUUCUAAAAUGAAAGUUUUACCCUUGGAGUUAGUUCUUCUACAACUAAUGUAAUAAUUAUAUAGCUUUCUUACAUUUUCUUUGUUGUAAUUCUGAAUCCUUCGUAGUGGGGUUUUAAAUUUUUUUUGGUAGUAUAACAAAAUGAAAGAAAAUUUAUUUGGGUAGAAAAUGUGAGUUCUUUUUCUUCCUUUAUUAUUUUCUUUUCUGUUUUUACUAAUAGUCUUAGAAGUCAUGUUUCUUUUGUUUUAUGGUCUUUUCCUGUAUGCAUGUUUUCAUUUUUCUUAUUUGUCAUUCAACUAUUUUACUGUAAUUUAAUUUCAUAGCAUUUUUAAUGAAGAUAAUGAGAUGGUAAGUGACUGGAGAUAAUCUUUCUUUCCUUCCUAAUUUCCACUGACUUCAUUGUUCCUUAUAAACCUUAUUUAACUAGUUUAACUUAUAGACCACAGGUUAGUUUCCUGACCUUGUGCAAAAGUAGAAUUUUGAUAAGAAAAUUCUUGGAAAUAAUAAGUAAAAUUCUCUUGCUGUGUUACUUAUUAAUUUAGAAUCCUCUAAAAGUGAUAUGGUAGUUAGAUAUAUGUUUUUGUUUUUUACCAAUUUACAGUAACAAUUUUUUUUUAAAGAUUUAUUUUAUUUGGGGCCUGCGCCAUGGCUCACUUGGUUAAUCCUCCGCCUGCGGUGCCGGCAUCCCAUAUGGGUGCCAGGUUCUAGUCCUGGUUGCUCCUCUUCCAGUCCAGCUCUCUGCUGUGGCCCAGGAAGGCAGUGGAGGAUGGCCCAAGUGCUUGGGCCCUGCACCCACAUGGGAGACCAGGAAGAAGCACCUUGCUCAUAGCUUCAGAUCAUAGUAGCUCUGGCCGUAGUGGCCACUUGGGGGAUGAACCAAUGGAAGGAAGGCCUUUGUCUGUCUGUCUCUCUCUCUCUCUCUCUCUAACUCUGUCAAAUAAAACAAAAAAAAAUAUUUAUUUUAUUUAUUAUUUGAAAGAGUUGCACAGAGAAAGGGGAGGCAGAGAGAGAAGUAGAUAGAGAAGUUUUCCAUCCGAUGGUUCACUCCCCAGUUGGCUUUAACUGCCGGAGCUGCGCCAAUCAGGAGCCAGGAGCUUCCUCCAGGUCUCCCACAUGGGUGCAGGGGCCCAAGGACUUGGGGGGCCAUUUUCCACGGCUUUCCCAGGCUGUAGCAACGAGCUGGAUAGGAAGUGGAGCAGCUCGGUCUUAAACUGGUGCCCAUAUGGGAUGCCGGCACUUCAGGCCAGGGCAUUAACCCACUGCACCAUAGCACCAGCCUAUACAGUAACUUAAUUGUUACAAGAAUAGCCUUUAGUUGAUAAAUAGUAGUUGCAAAUUCACUAUUUUGUCAUGAUUGUUGCCUUUAAAGAACUGAUUUUGAGGGGAAGCUAAUACUGUUUUGAGUUACACUUUUGUAGGUGGUUCUUCAUAUUCUGCAAUGCUGCUGCAAUAAACAAUAGGAAUUUUAUAGCAACAGGCCUUAAUUUAAUAAUACUUAUAAUUGCUGUUUAUUUAAUUCCUUCCAUUGAUAGGCCCUAGUGUGAAUGAGAUUAUUUCAUUUCUAAAUUUUCUUAACAGUUCUACAAGGAUUUUAUAAAGGUAAAACAAAAUUUAGCUUAAGCAACUUAUCCAACAUCGUUUCUCUAGUCAGAGAUAGAACUGGGAUUCACGUCUAGAUCAGACAUACUAUUCCCACUGUAUCCCACAUUAUCUUUAAACCAUAUAGUUGCCUAUUCUUUUUAUAUUUAUAUUUAUUUUAUAUUUAUGUUUCUUUCAAGAUAGGAAAGGAAUUGUAAUGAAGCAUUGAAUGCAUCUUUAUGAUUGCUUUAAUUUAUAAGGUUAGAAAGUAUUGAUUUUUCAAUGAAGCUGUUAAUGGCCAUUAUUUAGAAUUCUAUUCAUAAAAUUCAAGAUUUGAAAGAAGAAAUUUAUACCAUUUAAUUUUUAAAUAGUUUCUACAGAUUAUACGUUGCUAUAAUGGAUAAUCCUGUUUUAAGAUCUUUUAAAUUGUUUAUGUAUGCUACUGUAAUUAAUGUCUAUAAUUUAUUUUAAUAUUUUCUUAUUUUAACUCACAUUUGAAAUGUGUAGCAUUCAAUAAAUGGAUUGUUAAAUUA